UGAAUUAUUAGGACAGAAGGAAGGGAAAAUAGGAGGAAGACAGUGGUAUUUUUGAAAUAUGGUGAUGAAAGAGGUCCGUUAAGCGAAAAAUGAGAAAUGAGGGUUGGGAUUAUUUUGGUUGUUGAUUGGAUUGUACGAGACGGUGGCAAUCGAAGUGGAAAUCAUCGAUUCAAUUAAUCAAUCAAGAAUUGUAUUAAGUCGAAAAUUGGAAUCUGAAUUGUGUUGUUGGUUUGAUGGUCUGAUCUGCUGCUGCUGCAUCUGCAUCUAAAUCAGCGGUGAUGGCAGCACCUAAUGUGGAUCUCUUCGAUGCUUAUUUUCGUCGUGCCGAUUUGGAUCGAGACGGCCGUAUCAGCGGUGCCGAAGCCGUCUCUUUCUUCCAAGGCUCCGGUUUGCCCAAAAACGUCCUUGCGCAGAUUUGGGCAUUUGCAAACCAAAGCCAGAGUGGUUUCCUUGGUCGUGCGGAGUUCUACAAUGCACUUAAACUUGUCACAGUCGCACAGAGUAAGCGAGAACUCACCCCUGAAAUGGUCAAAGCUGCAUUGUAUGGCCCUGCCGCAUCUAAGAUUCCCGCACCUCAAAUCAAUUUCAGUGCCACUGCUACACCACCAUCACCAUCACCAUCACCAUCACCAUCACAUCCUGCUUCUCAAAAUUUAUCUGCCGGUGUUGCCCCUCAAGGAGUGCCUUCUGUUGGUGGAGGACCUCGCCCUGCAGGUGCCGGCAGCUUCCCUAGUUAUGGCAAUAUGGUUGGAGCUCCACCACCAACGUCCUCUUCUCAGCAGCUAGCAGUUAGAGGAACUAGUCCUCCUUCAACUCAGGAGGGGUUUGGUCUUGCAAUUACAACUACUUCUGGAUCAAAUGUUGCACCCCCCACACCUACACAGUCACAAUAUCCUUCCGCUGCCACUAAGCCAUCCGAUCAACUGGUCAAGGAUUCUAGAUCCAUGGAUACUUCUGUGAAUGGUAUUGCUUCUGAUUCAUUUUUUGGAGGGGAUUUGUUCUCACCUACCUCAACUCAGCCCAAGCAAGAUUCUUCUCCACAAGGAUUUUCUUCUGCUAAUUCUCUGCUUUCAUCUGCCAUUGUUCCUGUAUCUGGAGGAGGGAACCAGAAUUCUAUCAGGACUAGUACCCCUGAUUCUUUGCAGAGUUCACUUGCUACCCAGUCUGUUGCUCCACAUCUUCAGCAGGCCCAGCCCGCUGUGAAACAGAACCACCAUGCCUCCGUCCAGAUGCCUAAUAUGCUCAGUUCACCUGGACUUCCAGCAAGAUUGCAGGAUUCUUCACCAGGUCAGCCUCAAUCUCCAUGGCCAAGAAUGACUCAGACUGAUGUUCAGAAAUAUAUGAAAGUAUUCAUGGAAGUAGACACUGAUAGAGAUGGGAAAAUCACUGGGGAGCAGGCGAGGAACUUGUUUCUUAGUUGGAGAUUACCAAGAGAGGUUUUAAAGCAGGUCUGGGACUUAUCUGAUCAAGAUAAUGAUAGCAUGCUUUCUCUUAGAGAGUUUUGUAUUGCACUGUACCUAAUGGAGCGACACAGGGAGGGACAUGCUCUUCCGCGUGUACUUCCAAAUAACAUUGUUCUUGAUUUACCUGCUACUGGUCAACCUGCCAAUCUCCACAGUCCUGUAGCUUGGGGAAAUCCGCCAGGUAUUCAACAACAGCCAGGAAUUACCGGAUCUGGUGCUCGACAAGUGAACCCUGCUGCUGGUCGGCCACCAAGGCCAGCUGCCGUCCCUCCAUCUGAUGAAGGACCUCAGAACAAGGAGCAGAAGUCUAAAAUUCCGGUCUUGGAGAAGCAUCUCAUAAAUCAACUGAGUUCAGAUGAGCAAAAUUCAAUUAACUCAAAGUUUCAAGAAGCAACCGAAGCUUCUACGAAGGUAGAAGAACUUGAGAAAGAAAUAGUGGAGUCGAGAGAGAAAAUAGAAUUCUUCCGUGCAAAAAUGCAGGAACUUGUUCUGUACAAGAGCAGAUGCGACAAUCGUCUUAACGAGAUCAUAGAAAGGAUAUCUGCUGAUAAAAAUGAGGUAGAGAUUCUAGCAAAAAAAUAUGAAGAUAAAUAUAAGCAAGUUGGAGAUUUAUCAUCCAAGUUGACUGCCGAGGAAGCCACAUUCCGUGACAUACAGGAGAAAAAAAUUGAUUUGUAUCAAGGGAUUGUCAAGUUGGAACAAGAUGUAAAUACUGAUGACACAGUACAGGGUCGUGCUGAUCACAUCCAAUCUGUCCUUGAUGAACUGGUGAAAUCUCUAAAUGAACGGUGCAAGAUGUAUGGAUUACGUGCAAAGCCCACAACAUUAGUGGAGCUACCUUUUGGCUGGCAACCUGGUAUCCAAGAAGGUGCUGCUGACUGGGAUGAGGAUUGGGAUAAGCUUGAAGAUAAAGCAGAAUUUGCUCUUGUCAAAGAAUAUACCCUUGAUGUGCAAAACACCAUAGCACCUCCAAAACAAAAGUUACCAAAGGCUGUGAAAACAAAAUCUUUGGAUGUUGACAGUCCAAAAUUUGUAGCUUCACCUAAGAGCGAUGAUAAGUCAGAAAAACCUCAAACUACAAAUGAACAGGGAGUAGGCAACGGAUCUGUUUAUAAUAAAAGUGAUGACGGGUCUGCAAAAAGUGCUCCUAAUAGUCCAUUUGCAAGUAGUACUAUCGGAAGUCCGCAUAGGGACUUUGUGGAUUCUGACAUUAGAAAGACUGCUGGUGAAGAUAGCUCACCCCGUGAUCAAGAUGCCACGCAAGACAUCCAAAGUGAUCAUGGUGGUGAGAAGUCUGUGUUCUCUGAAGACAAAGUUUUUGAUGAACCUAAUUGGGGUACCUUCGACACAAAUGAUGAUAUUGAUUCAGUUUGGGGAUUCAAUGCCAGUAGCACCACAAAGGAGGAGAGAGAUCUUGAUGGAGCUGGAGACAAUUAUUUCUUUAGUUCUGGGGACCUGGGCCUCAACCCCAUUAAAACCGCUUCACCACAGGCUGGUGAUCUCUUCCAGAAGACCGGUGGAUUCAGUUUUGAUGAUUCUGUUCCAAGCACCCCACUUUUCAGCUCAAGCACCUCACCACAAAGGCCCAAAGACUGGUUGGAAAACGCUUUUGACUUCUCAAGAUUUGAUUCGUUUGGCACACAUGAUAGUGUAUCUUUACCUGCUCGGGAAACGUCAAGAUUUGAUUCAUUUGGCACACAUGAUAGUGCUCCGGAAGCACCAGUACGAUUUGAUUCUGUCCGCAGCAGUGUGGAUUUUGAUCAUGGUUUUCCUGCUUUUGAUGACUCGGAUCCCUUUGGCUCUGGUCCUUUUAGAACUUCAUCAGAAAGUCAAACUCCUAGAAGAGGAUCUGAUAAUUGGAGUGCUUUUUAGUUUUGCAAUUCAACCAUACAUACAUGUGUUAUUUCUAUCAGACCUUAGGAGAUUUGCCUUUGGUGAAGCGAGUUGUUCAUCUUUCUCUUUGGAACCUCUUAUCUGUAAUGUAUUCUUUGUAUUUAAUCCUGUGUAUUCCUUAUCCCCCAGUUUUUCUUUGGGUUGGGGCAUGGGUUGUGUCAAACCCAGCAAUCCCACUUGUUUGCUUAAAUUGGAAGUAAAGGUCUGUUCAUAUUUUUGGCUUGUUGGUUGAUGGUUUUUCCAGAGUCCCGUUGAAAAGAUCUCUACCUGAAGGGAUUGUGGUAUUGAUGACUAUUUGAUUUUAGUUUUGUUUAAACUUUAACAAGCGGAACUUUAUUAUAUUUCUUAGUGAAUUAUAACUUGAACUUAAUUUGUCUAA